UAAAUAUUCCCACUCAUUGUUUUACUUUAAAUUACCAAUCUCGAACAUAUUGCCAUCGGGUCUUCUUUAAGUCCACACACGAGAGAAUAUCUUGAUUGCCACAACGGUCAGGAAAAAGUAGUAUAAACGUUUUAGAUUCAAGAAUCUUUAAGCCACACAAAGAACCCUUUAGAUCGCAACAUCUUCCUCUCCACGCUAUUUUUUCCCCCUCUAACUCGGAUAUGUUGCUGCGGGGUUCACAUAACAGAAGUGAUUGCUUCAUUGCUUAUUUUUCUUGUGCUCUGAACCAAAUAAAAGGUAAACUAAAAGUGAACUGAGAUAAAACCGGGAACAGCAGCUGAGUCAUAAAAACACCUGCAGCAGCAGCAACAACAGGCCGCUGCUGUGCGUUUGACUCAAAUAUUUCAUUGACGGCUAGCAAAAAGUAAAAGUUUAAGUAAGCAUAAAACAAAAUAUAAUAGCAGCAACGGCGAAUGGCGCAUUAUGCUGCUAAAGUCGACAACGACGGCGGCAGCAGAGGCAGCAACAGCAGCAGGAGCAGCAGCAACAUUAGCAGCAGCCACAGCGGUAACGGCAGCAACAUCAGCACUUAAAUGCAGCAACAAGAAAAAUCAGCUGAAAACUGGCAAAUAAAACUCAACGACAGGCAAAAACUAUUAAAUCUCGCUGGAUGCCUGCGGCAAUAGUUAUUGUUAAAGAACACAAGCAGCAGCGGCAGCAACAGAAGGAGCAGCAGCAACAGCAACAUCGACAGCAGGAGGGGAGGAAACAAAUUUGCAAUAUAAAUUUAUGCGGAUUUUUGCGUCGCAACGGCGCCGACGACGUCGACGUCAUCGAAUCGCGUAGCCCAGGCCAUGCUGCUGAUGUCGACGUCCCAGCAGCAACAGCAACAACAGCAACAGCAGCAGCAACAAGCAGCAGUAGCAAACCAGCAGCAGCAACAGCAGCAGUAGCAGCAGCAGCAACAACAAGGGCAGCGGCGACGACGCGAGCAGUUAUUAUAAUAAUGGCGUUAGUUGUUAGCAUAAUACAGCAAAAACAACCAUCGGAGCAGCAGCAGCAACAAUCGCUACUCUGGCCAUUCUAUAACGGACUUGCUGCGGCGGCAGCUUCCACUGGACAACCGGAUGACUCCAGUGAUGGGCCAACCCUGUCGACAUUCCUGUCAUCAUCACCGUCGCCAUCAGCGGCAUCCUCGGUCCCCUCUCCAGCCCCCUUCCCAUUCCCAUUUCCAACCAGUUUUUCAUCGUUUGCGGUGGCGAAAGAGCCGCAAACGGAAGCCACGAAUCACACUUUCAAGAGUUUAGCCUUCCUGGACGCGUCCUUUGGCUCCGAUCUCUUUGCCCAGAGAGACACGGAGCGGGAGAGGGAGGGGGAUCGGGAGGGGGAAGCGCAGGACAUGGAGUCCUCGCAGUCGAUGCCAAUUUUCGACUUUGGCAUGCCGCGCAACAUCACCGGACGCACUGGCCACACGGAGGCCAUAAUUAAAUGCCGCGUGGACAGUCUGCAUGAUAAAUCGGUAUCCUGGAUACGGAAACGUGAUCUGCAUAUCCUCACCGUAGGCACCGCCACCUACACCACGGACAAGCGGUUCCAGGUGACGGAGUCGAAGGAUUCCAGGGAGUGGACCCUCCACGUGAAGUCCCCGCUGGCCAAGGACAGCGGCAUCUACGAGUGCCAGGUGAACACGGAGCCCAAAAUGUCGAUGGCAUUCCAGCUGAACAUCAUCGAAAUCUCUCCGGAUGCCAAGGCGGUUAUCAGUGGACCGCCCGAUCUGCACUUCAAGGCGGGCAGUGCCAUCAUCCUCAACUGCCUGGUGCAGCAGCCGUCGGUGAAGGACAUAGGUCCGAUUUACUGGUACCGCGGCGAGCACAUGAUCACUCCCUUCGACGCCGACGAUGGCCAGCCGGUGGUGCCCGUGGGGCGAAAGGAGCAGCCCUCGAGGAUUCCCGAGGACGCCUCAUUGAACGACAUCAUGAGCGAGGUGGACCUGCAGAAGGAGUUCGCCACCCGCAUCGCCAUGGAGUCGCAGCUGGGCGAUACCCUGAAGUCCAGGCUCCGCAUCUCGAAUGCCCAGACCACGGACACCGGCAACUACACGUGUCAGCCCACGACGGCCAGCAGCGCCAGCGUCCUGGUUCAUGUGAUUAAUGAUGAGAACCCCGCUGCGAUGCAGAAGAGUGGGGCGUGUCCUUGGGCCCCCGGUCCGCUCCAGCUGUUCCUUCUGCUGGAGCUGUUGUUGCGAGCGGUAUUGGCUGCUGCUGCUGCUGCUGGCAAGUGAAAGUGAAAGUGGUCCCCAGUAUCAUCAUCGUCGUCAUCACGGUAUCCUCGACGUUGUUAGCACUCUAAUUGCAGCAGAACGAGAAAAUUAUGUUCCAUGACGCUGGCAUUUUUGUGCUGUGUGCUUUUUUUAGAACUCCGGAAUGGCAAACGGACCACCGCCAGCAGGGUGGGCGUGAGAGGAAAAUGGGAAAGGCAAACACAACAGUCGCUUUCCCUUUCAGGCGAAUGUUUGUUUUCCUUUUAAUAUUUACAUUUCAUUGUGCAAAAUGAGACACUGAGCCGGGCACGGGAAUGCAAAAUGCAGAAUGUGAAAUGCAAAGGACGAAGGACGAAAAAGCAGAAGGAAGGGCGCAGGACGAAGGAUGACACUCUCUGUAAAUACCACAAAGAUGCGGCAAAGCUUACAGAUACAUAUACUAACAGAUACAAAAGCGUGUAUUUUAUUUCAUUACUGCGCUCCGCACAAAGGAGCCGCACACGCAUCGACUUUAUAAACAUUUCAUGCUGUCUUAACAGAGAGCCAAGAUAACCGAAAGUAAGGAAAAUAUGAUAAGAAAAGCCAGGCCCCCACACACAGUCACCCACAAAAGUAAGCACAUUACAGUCCCAUUCUCUACCCCGAAAAUUGUAAUAUAUAUAAAUGUAAUAACGAAGAAAAAACGAAAGGAAAACUCUCAUCUGAUAAACUAAAUGCAAAAAACUUAAUUAUAAACACUAACUUGUAUGGAAUUUAUUUAUGGGCAAAAUGAAAUUUAGUCACGCGGCACUCGACGGCGACGUCGAAAUGGAAAUGAAAAUUGAAUAAAAUAAAUGUGAAAUGCAAUAUGCGAGAGCGAAAGCAAAUUGCCAUUUGCGAAACUAAAUCAAUUGCGGCAUGCUCGACUAAGUUUCGUGUUGCACAUGCGAGUUAAACUAUGGGUAGGCAUGAAUUUACUACACGUAAGCCAGUAAGCAGAUUUUAGAUAAUUUAUGUGAUGACAAACCCAAUGAAUAAAUCAAUGGAAUGAACUCUUUCAACAAUAAACUGAAACAAGACGAA